AUGACUGUGUGGUUGAGUCGAGCCACACAUGUUUGCUGUGCAAAUCCUUGAACAUGCAGAAAGAAAAUGAUCUGGCAGAGGAGUCUCCUAGCUUUUGUACUCUGAGCAUCGUGCGUUUUCAGUCCUGGAGAUUUUCGUCAUCCCACAAGAGGACUAAAUUCUUCAUUCAGCUCAGUCUGCAGAUAACAUUGUAGGAGAACCUUGACCAGCAUUGCUGUCUUGGGGUUGCCAGGUAUUGACGCAUAACAGGCUAAAUCUUCUGCAUGUUUUGAGUGUGUGCCGACUAGUCAUUGUUGAUAAAAGUAAAUUUACGAACAACGUUAGCAUAGUCAUUUGAUUGCUUGUGUGGAGAAAUCAGCAAGUCAGAAGAGUAAAGGCGUGAUCAAAGAGUGACAUCCACCCAUCCACCGAUCAACCUCUGAAGAAACCAACCUUUCAUAAAUUUCAGUACUGAAGCCAUUGGAAAUGAACGGUUCCGGAUCGCCCCCAAAUCAACGGUUGUUACAAGACGGGGAUGAAGAUGAACAAAGCGCUAGCGCCAGUAGCGGGGAGUGCCAGGCCGGUUCAACCAGCACUCCUGGCGAGACAAGGAGGGUGCGGAUACUCUGGGUCAACUUCUGCUCCGACAUGCGAGGAGCUGCCGGUGAAAAGGCCAAGGAGUUGUUCUGCCAAGCACUUAAAAAAGAUGGACACAUGGCCAUAGAGUGGGAGCAAUUCCAGGGUACUUACUCCGUGCAGAGUAUAUAUGAGACUGCCGAUGCCGUGAUGCACUAUGCCAAGACUUCGGCGGCGGUGUUCGACACGGCCAUCCUGGGCAUGCUGAUGGUAGACGAUUCCAAUCGUCUGGCCGUGACACAAGAUUCCAGCCAGCAGUCGAACACGCUCAAGCCGGUGUAUAGCGCACUCCGCUCGGUUAGCACGAACGGGCGAUUCAUGUUAGCUGUUUGCAAGGACGAAGCCAGCAGAUCCGGUGCAAGCACGUGGCAGUUGCACUCCACUUGGGUCCGUGAUGCUCUUUCAGUGCGCCUUGAUGACGGCUGCCUUGACGGCGACCAAGGUCUGCUCGUGAGCUGGUGGAAGGAACCCUUGGCAUAUCAAGCGUACAAGUUUAGUAGGUUUGUUCUUGGCCUGGGACAUGAGGAGCAAACAGGGUGCCUGCUAAAACGCCGUACACUCAAGAAUGGAGGUAUUGAAUUUGAUACUCCCCAAACCGUUGUAGUGGAAUUUCGUAUACUAAAAAUGCUUUUCGGCUGCCCCCGGACAAAGCCUCGUCAGCCUUCAACUAGGUGCCGUAAAUCGCAGCAAGGCAUCCACACCGCAACAGAAGAGAAACAAACCUCCGACUCACAUGAAGGCAACACACGCGUACCUGACGAGGCGGGUACAUCGCUGCCUUUGGACUUGAGUAUCCUACCAGCAUCUGCUGCCAUUGAGGCUUCGCCGUCAACUAAGCCCACCUGUGAGAGUGACAAGAAAGCUGAAAGCAAUAUCACGUUGCAUGUCAUACAUCCGACCAAGAGCUGCAGCGACCUCUUGAAGAUUCAGGUAGAGCACGUCUGCACAAAAUGUGUUCCGAGUUAUCCGAAUGACCCUCCACUUCUCUACCACGAGUACUCCCGCUACAAGCCACUCGACCGUAGGUUCAUGCAGGGAUGUGUACCGAUGUGCGAUGGCGAGGACAAGGAACAUGUCCUCUUUGUGUUGCAAAGUGCUGAUGAACUGUACCAGCGGCCGUGCACCAGUGAGGAAUUGGAUGGUCUCUAUAAUGGGUUUCGCAAGGUCGUGCUUUGCCUGGCUUUCGACAAGGCGUACUUGCAGCCCGGUCAGAGGCCAGAUGUACCGAUCUCCGAUAAGCUCACGGCUACCAUGCGUGGUAUCGAAAAUGCUCGGCUCUUGGUCGUUAGUUGGUGGAGCGUACCAUCUCAGGAAGCCGUUGAUUCCAUACACAAACAUCUGCAGAAGUAGUAACCUGGGAACAGCGUACUGCUAGUGUGACAUACCUCAUCGUUGCCUGGAUAGGCGGCAACCAUUGCACUAAACAUUAGAGCAUUUCAUGUCCGAAAAAAAAACAUUGCUAGUUACCAGUAGGAGUUUGUGUGAUUGACGUAAUGCAGUGCCCACAACAGUUUGUACACAUUUCUAGUAAAACCCCAACAUUCCGACCUUAGUCUCUCCUUCUCUCUCUCCUCUCUCUUUCUCUCUCUCUCUCUCUCUCUCUCUCUCUCUCUCUCUCUCUCUCUCUCUCUCUCUCUCUCUUUCUCUCUCUCUGAUGCUACUUGUAGAUAACUGUUUGCUUGGCAUUUGUGUUGUGUUUGAUGGGGUGGGGGUCAUCUGAGAGAUCAUAGUGAUUCCAUUAUCCCGUUAAUCCCCGCCCCAAGUGAUGCACUGCUGCAUAUCUGAAUAGGAGUUGUUUGUGACUCGAAUGGGCGAAAAUGAACAGCACUCAUCUGCUCCUUGUUAUUCUAGUUCAAUGAAUAGAUAGCAAUUGAGCUGGUUAGUUUUAGUAAUAUCAACGUCAUCUUUAGCAUCGACAUAAUUAUUUGUUAUGAUCGUGAUCAGUGACUUUUA